AUGACAAUCUACUCGCUCUACAUCUUCGACCGACACUGCGACUGCGUGUAUUACCAGGACUGGCAGCGGACGCGGGCGGUGCGCACGCCCGCGGACGACCGGGCGGGCGUGCACCGUCUCCCGGCGCCUGUGGCGCCUGGGGCGCGCGAAAGCAUUUUCUCGGCCUCCGGCGCGGGAGGAGCAGGAGCAGGCGCGGGUGCAGGGACGGGGGUGGGGGCGGGAACGGGGGCGGCGCCGAAGCGCCAGGCGGGGUUGCCGUUUGACGAGGAGGCCAAGCUCGUAUACGGCGUGGUGUUGAGUUUGCGGAAUAUGGUCAAGAAGCUGUCGGGGAGGGACGAGCAGUUCACGUCGUUCAAGACCGCACAGUACCGGCUGCACCUGUACGAAACGCUCACGGGCUACAAGUUCGUGCUGCUGAGCGACCCGAGCGCGGACAGCCUCCGUUUCGUGCUGCGCCAGAUCUACACGGGGCCCUUCAUCGACUUUGUGGCGCGCAACCCGCUCGUCGAGAUGGACUCGCGGACGCAGGGCAUCGACAACGACCACUUCCGCGCCGCCGUCGACCGGCAUAUGCGCAGCCUGUCUAUAUUCAACUAGCCAUUCUAGAUCCAUGACUAUCGCUAAUGCCUAUGCUACAACGCUGGUUGGCCUACAACCGGCGGCUGGUUGGACAGCCCGCGCGGACGUCGUUCUCUACCCUCUCAUCACUCAGUUAACGAGCGUUCGCACCCGCCUCCGCGUGCGCCGCCUGCGCAGCGCGGAUCGACGCCUCAAACCACGCGCGCAGCGUCCCCGGGUCCUCCUGCCCAACGCUGAUGCGCACGAGGUCGCGCUCGACGCCGAACCGCGCCGCCCACUCGAGCUCGGUGUAGUGCGCGAGGAUGGCGUACGGCGACGCGAGCGUAAAGCUCGUGCCGAGGCUAGGGCCCUUGGCGC